AUGGAGAAACAUAAUGAGAGUGUUGCUAUAUUCAUUCUUUGCAUUGGGAUUAUAGAGCUUGUUGGGCAUGCUCAUGGCCAAUCAAGAACUACUCCUCUAACACCAGCUAUGUUCAUCUUUGGUGACUCUUUGAUAGACUCUGGAAACAACAAUUACAUGCCAACAAUUGCACGAGCAAACUAUUUCCCUUAUGGGAUAGAUUUUGGCCGUCCAACCGGCCGAUUCUGCAACGGUCUUACAGCUGCUGAUUAUAUAGCUCGAUACCUUGGUUUGCCAUUGAUUCCACCGUAUCUAUCUCCACUGUCAAAAGGAAGAAACAUCUUGAGGGGACUCAACUAUGCAUCUGCUGCAGCUGGCAUUCUAGACGAGACCGGGCAAACUUAUGGAGCAAGGACAUCCCUUAAUGGACAGAUUUUGCAAUUUGGGGCCACUAUCAGCCUGGACCUACAAUCAUUUUUCCAAAAUCCUAAUGAGCUGACCCAGUACAUUUGCAAAUCAGUAUUCUUCAUUGGUAUAGGCAGCAACGACUAUAUCAACAAUUAUCUCAAGCCAAACAGGUAUCCCAGCAGCCAAACCUAUAGUGAAGAAGGUUUUGCAGAUCUGCUAAUCAAUACCCUCUCGAUCCAAUUAUCGACAUUGUACAGGUUAGGUGCGAGAAAAAUGGUUGUAGUUGGAGUUGGACCACUCGGGUGCAUACCCGAUCAGUUAUCUACAGCAAAUGGCAACAACAGCUGCGUCAAGCAGGUCAACAACUUGGCUGCCAUGUUCAACAGCCGUCUCAUUCAGCUUGUCGACACUCUCAAUGCCACUCUCCCAGGCUCUUUCUUCAUUUAUCAAAACACCUAUGAUCUCAUCUAUGACAUGGUCACUAAUCCUUCUAGAUACGGGUUUGUGGUGCCAAACAGAGCUUGUUGUGGUAAUGGGAGAUAUGGAGGGAAUCUUACCUGCCUUCCCCUGCAGCAACCAUGUGCUAACAGAAAUCAAUACAUCUUCUGGGAUCCUUUCCAUCCAACCCAAGCUGUCAAUGCAAUUGUAGCUAAGAGCUGCUACGGCAAGUCUGCAACCAAAUGUUAUCCUAUAAGCAUAGACCACCUGGCACAACUAUAG